CACACUGAUGUGCCGAAAUAGCCGUCUUAGACAUUGCUUCAGAGCAAAUAUAGUCAUUUAAUUGUAAUUUGCGCAGCAGGUGCAUGUUUCUGUAUUGUGUGCGUGUCUGAUUUGUAAUAGUGUACUCUAAUUCUACACUGCCCCCCCCCCACCCCGCCCCACAAUAAAGCAAAGUGCUACUUCCUCCCUCUGCUGGUUUAUACUAGCAGUUGCGUUCAGGUACAAAUCGUGGGUGGGGUCGUCUUGACGGGUGCAGCACGUCCGUUGAACCCUCCGACGUCCUGCAGGAGGAGGAAAGCAGCCAGCAGGGAAACUCGCUAACGAGCCCGCAUCAUCAGCACCACCGUGGACAAAAAGCACCAUGGCCUGGCCGUGCAUCACGCGGGCUUGCUGCAUCAACCGCUUCUGGAGCGACCUGGACAAGGCGGACAUCGCCGUGCCUCUGGUCUUCACCAAAUAUUCAGACGUCCAGCAUAAGCAGCCGAAGGGGCCCGCUGCGGAGAGCCAGCCGGAGGCCGCCAAGGCACCGCCCGCCGGCGCCGUCGCCGCCGCCGCCGCCUCGGACGCCUCCUCCUCCUCUGUCAUGCGGCAAGAUUUUAAGGCGUGGAAAGUGCGUCCGGAGCCCAGCUGUAAGCCCCGGAACGAGUACCAGCCAGCGGCCGGCCCCUUCAUCCCGGAGACCCAGUACCAGAAGGACUACAAAGCGUGGCCCAUUCCCAAGAAGCACGACCACCCGUGGAUCCCCAAAGCCGGCGCCAGCACCGCCACCGCGGGGAAGCUAGAGCAAGUGGCCGCCGAAAUGGAGACCGGCGUGGAGAAGAGCGAGAUCGAGGAGAAGCUCCAGGAGAAGGAGACAAAGGAGCCGGUCAGGAGGGACAAGUCCGCCGAGAGGAAAGACCAAGAGGCGCCCGCCGGCAGUGAGCAAGGCAGGGCGGCCGCCGACGCUCUCAACAGACACAUUAAGCAGACCAUGAGCACUUCCAGCAGCAGCUACAGAAGUGAGUUCAAGGCCUACAAGGACGUGAAACCGGUCAAGCCCAUCAAGGCGGCGGCCCAGUACAAACCCUCGGCCGAGAAGGAGACCAGCCUGGAAACCAGCUACAGUGCCACUUUUAGGGGCGAGCAAGUCAAGGCCCAGCCGGCCGACAACAAACUGCUGGAGCGCAGGAGGAUACGCAGUCUGUACAGCGAGCCCGGCAAGGAGCCACCUAAGGCGGACAAGCCGGCAUCUCGCAUCCGGCCGAAGAAAACGACGGCGGGGAAGGCUGUAAAGAAGACGAAGGAGAACAAGGAGAAGAAGGUGCUGGCUGCUUCCGCGUCCGCCAAGAAGAAAGAAGAAGAAGCCGCCGCAGCGGAGGCGGGCGUCACCAAGAAGAACAAAGAGAUCAGCAAUAGACUGGCCGAGGCCAAACAGUAACACACGUAUCUCCGUCAGCCUCUUUGCAACGUGAACGUGCACUCGCUUCACGCCCCCUUUUUCCUCAUUUCACCUUGAGCUCAUGUACUUGUACAACGCGUGUCUAAGUGUGUUUGUGCAAGGGAGAGCAAAUGUGAGUGUGCUCAGGGCUGAGUUCUCGAGUGAGUUUUGGAAGCGUCACGCAUAUGUUGUUCUACACCAUUUAACUUUAUUAUAUUUUAUUCUCCUUCUACCUUUCUUGACCGAUUCACACCGUUCCAACCUCAACAUCUUCCAAAAAUUGAUGCCAGGCGGGCUAUUAUUUUGAACUCAGUUUUCCCACAAUUCCACAUUUUUCACUCAAAAAUUGCCCGUUUAUUCCUUCUGAUGCAUUCACCAGAACAGUUUCACAGAAUUCCUUUUCGAAAUUCUAAACCAGGGGUGCCCAACCUUUUUAGAAGAUCUACUUUGGAAGAUCUACUUUUCAAGCCAACCAACCUUACACCGUUCGAUCGACCGUUACCGCACGAGCAUGCGUCUACACACACACACACACACACACACA